AUGUUUCACCUGUUAGUGGAAGACUCCGAGCGCGGCGCCGUGCUGCGCAUUAUGCAGGGUCGAACAACGGGUGCGGCACGUGUUGACGGCGACGUGUGCAGGUACUCCACUCGCUACACCUCGGAUUUCCGAGCAGUUGCUAGAAAGCCCACCAUGAGCGAACUUGCUGACAGCCUCGAAGGCGAAUUAGAUAGCAGCCGCUCGCCAGUCACCGAUGAAGCUGUGAUGUCCAUUAUCGAGCAGAUAAGUGUCCUGACUCCGGAGCAGAAGGAGAAAGUCCGCAGAGCAAUUCUGUUUGGCAGCUCCGCAAAUCUGUUCAAGGAUGUCGAUCGAUCGGCGUUCUUCAUGAAUCGUCCUAGCUCUAUUCCGCGGUGGCGCUCCGCCUCGCCGAAGGAGCGGACAGCGGGUACCGGAGCCUCGCCGAUGCUUGGGACACAGGACGGCGGCUACAACCGCUACCUCAGCAGUCCUGACUGCAGCCCUAGAUCAGGUUCUCGUGUUCUGAAGCGAACGAUCAGCGGCACAGGCCAUCCAAUCGACGACCUACUACGGGAACGGGGCCAUGUGAAUCGCUACUUGGUGGUCGUCUCGUCUUUGUCGUUGGACUGGAAGGAGCUCAUCAAGAUCCCUGGUGUUUCCAACUACGAGCUUCGACUGCUUUGGCACCUGUACUUCUUGCGGUCCCAGGCAAUGCGGAUAGUCAUGUGCACUUCCCAGUACAUACCUGAAGCACUGAUCAGCUACUACUUGCGUUACCUGCCAAGUGAUGUUUCGCCAAAAGAAGCCAGAAGUCGUUUGACAACCAUCGCUUGCAACGACAUGACCGCGGCCAGUGUCACCAACAAGUUGCUCAGCAGGAAGCGCGCGUUGAAUCGUAUUCGCGAUGCUAUCGAGCCCGAAAAAGCGGCGAUGACGUGUUUCAACUCCACAGAUUCGGAAGUGCAGCUGGCAGAGGAACUCGGAAUUCCUCUCUUUGGCACUGACACCCAGGGAGCCUUCUGGGGGACGAAGACGGGGAACCGGCAGGUCUUCCGCGAUGCUGGAGUGCAGCAUCCAGAUGGCAGCUAUGACCUCAUUUACACCGAGGAAGAGCUUUGUGAGGAGAUCCUUUCAUUGCUCAGACGCUGCCCUUCAACAAAGAAGGUCAUGGUAAAGCUGAACGACUCUUUCAGCGGAGAGGGAAAUGCUGUCCUUCGCGUCGACAGUGAACUCGUGGACAGUCUCAAGGAGUCCGACGAGCAAGCCAUGGAGGUUAUUUUCGACAGGCUGGAGAAUUCACUGGAGUAUGUGGCACCAGGAUUGACCUGGGACAAAUACUACCAGCAGUUCCAAACGUUGGGCGGCAUUUGCGAACUAUUCAUCGAAGGUCAGAGCUCUGCCAAGACAUCGCCUUCGUGCCAGGCCUUCUUAAAUGCAGACGGCAGUGUCAGGAUUCUUGCCACCCACGAGCAGAUGCUGAACGGUCAAAUCUACACAGGAUGCACAUUCCCUGCGAAAGAAGAGUAUUCUGCGGAGCUCGUGUCGCUGACAAAGAAGAUCGGCCAGGAGCUCGUUGGUCGGCAGGUUGUGGGCUACAUAGCCGUUGACUUCGUGUCUGUAAAACAAAGUGAUGGAAGCUACAAGCAUUGGGCAAUAGAAGUAAAUGUGCGCAUGGGCGGCACCACGCUUCCCAUCAUGACCUUGAAUUUUCUCUGCCGUGAUGGCCGGCUGAACGAGCAAACCUCCGAAUUCAUCGCAAGCGAUGGCAAGCCGAGGUAUUAUGUGGCUUCGGACACACUCAGAAAGAAAACCUACAAGGGCUUGGUCAUUGAGGACUUGCUAGCCAUCAUCGAACGACACUCGUCCGAGAUUGAGUGGAACAAACGACCGGGUGCUCCCGAAACAGGCACGAUUUUCCACUUGGUCACACUUCUGUCCGAGCUCGGGAAGUGUGGCUGCGUUUGCAUCGGCCGGUCGAGGGAGGAAGCCCAACAAAUCUUUCGACGUGUUCAGGACAUCCUGGAUGCAGAAACGCGCACGGUGGAGGUGCCUCCGACUGAAAAAGCCGUGGCAGCUGAGUUAGACUUGGUUAUCGAAGAGCUCGAAGGCGACGACGAGGAUGACGCAGCUGACAUGCUGAACUGA